AUGGACGGAGCAAUUUGGGAGGAGGCGGAGGGAAGAGGAUAUUUGGUGGUGGUGGUGGUGGUGAUUAAUGCAUGUUUUGGAUGCGUGACUACUAUUAUAUUACAGCUAUUCCCUCUUCUUCUCCUUCAUCUUCUUUCUCUCCUUUUUCUGCCAGACGCCACUAGUAAAGCAUGCGAUACACAACCCUGUAAAAACGGCGCAACCUGUCGGGAGCGUGUCAUUCCUCAAAGUAUAUACUUCGAACCCCAAAGUCACCUCCCUUAUGAAUGCGAUUGUACAUUCGGUUGGGAGGGUGAGAAUUGCACGGUGAACGUAGACGACUGCAAAGGCAAUCCUUGUCUCAAUGGCGGCCAAUGCGAAGACAAACCCAAUGCUCAAUUUGUCUGCCAUUGCAAAGAUGGCUUUAUUGGUCAGAAGUGCGAAUUCCGGGAUCCUUGUGCUGACUUUCCAUGCCAGAACAAUGGCCGAUGCGAUUCCUCACCCCUUGGAGUCUAUCAGUGCAUUUGUCCGCGUUGGUAUGAGGGACAUAAUUGUGAAAAAGCGAAAAUGCCCUGCGAAUCAAGCCAUAACCAAUGUCGCCAUGGCAAGUGUGAGACACUCUAUGAAGUCUACGAGACUCGAGCGCAGAAUAAACCCAAGACAGCGUCUCGUAUCUCGGGUUUUCGGUGCAAUUGUGAACCUGGGUGGACAGGCAUAUUUUGUGAUCGACCUUUUGAUAUCUGCCAACACCACCAAUGCCAAAAUAAUGCCCAAUGUGUUAGCUUGGGUGAUCACUAUGAGUGCAAAUGUCCUACAGGCUUUGGAGGUGAUCUAUGUGAACGAGAAAAUAGUCAAUCAACUAAGAAGCGUGGCACUCAAAUCGACAUGGAAGAACAUUGUCGACAACUUGGAUGCACGAAUGAAACUAAUGGAACGUGUUCUGGAAGAUGCGUUCAAGCUGGAUGCUUCAAUCAGGAACAAUUAAACGCUUGUAAAGAUUGGAUCGAUUGCCUGGAAGCGACGAAAUUGGAAUUUGGUGUCGGCCAACCUUCUUGCGUGGAACGGUACCGUGAUGGUGUCUGCGACUAUGAGUGUGCAAUAUCCAGCUGCUUCUACGAUGGCUUUGACUGCACAGAUUCGGGUGUGCCUUAUGAGCAAACAAUUCAUCUGCAAUGGCUUAGUCUGGUUCGCAAGAUGGCGGGUUUGCAGAAUUUAGUUUUUCUAACAUGGCGACUUCGUAAUGCUACUUUUGUGAUCACGAAGACUGUUCCCAGGUCAUCAUGUCCUACCGGGGAGUUCUGCACUUCAGUCUACAGAGAUGGAACAUGCCAUCCAGAAUGUAAUAUUCCUGUGUGCGGAUUUGACGGUGGAGAUUGUCUGAAUAUUCCACAUCCGCUUCAACCUAAAAUAGAUAACAUCCGAACCGGUUACAUCGGUCUAGUGCUCGAUACAAAUAAAACCACAUAUUUAGAGAUGGAAAGGAUUAUCCAGGCUCGUAUAGCUGAUGUUUUAAGAGCAGUUGUUCGGCCUGCUAUUGACGAGAAAAGUCAACAACCCGUUAUUGUGGAGAUGGAUGAAGGAGCACGAAUUCGGGUGACACUCAUCAUAGACUUACUCCCGGAAGGUUUUCAUGCCAGUCCUGGUGAGAUCUAUGAAUCGGUUAAUCAAGCCGUACACACAUUAAAAGCUGUGUUGGAUAGGAGGGUGCUAGAUCUGCCCGUUCCAGUGGCUCAGCUAUGGGUGGCAAAUGAUCCUUUGGCUCCUCCACCUGACAGCUCGUCACCUAAAUUGCCUAUCCUAGGUUCUAAAGAUGCGAUUGGGCUUUACAUUGUUCUCUGUGUUCUUUCUGGAGGUAUGUUCAUUUGUCCUUACCCAUAUAUUCCUCUGCAUUCCGGUGAAACUUUAAUACCAGUAUAG